CGUGUGGGUGACGGUAUAAAAACGGGGAGCACGCGGUCAAAACGCCCCACCAAAAACUGUUUCGCCUCGGAAAUCUCUCGCACACGAAAAAUAAAAAAAACGAGCCGUGGAAAAGCAGCAGCAGCCACCAACGCCACCACCACCGCCACCACCACCACCACCAUCAUCAUGUGCGACGAGGAGACGACGGCUCUGGUGUGCGACAAUGGCUCUGGACUUUGCAAGGCGGGCUUCGCGGGAGACGAUGCCCCCCGUGCUGUCUUCCCCUCCAUCGUGGGUCGGCCCAGACAUCAGGGCGUGAUGGUGGGCAUGGGCCAGAAGGACUCGUACGUGGGCGACGAGGCGCAGAGCAAGCGCGGCAUCCUCACCCUCAAGUACCCCAUCGAGCACGGCAUCAUCACCAACUGGGACGACAUGGAGAAGAUCUGGCACCACAGCUUCUACAACGAGCUGCGCAUCGCUCCCGAGGAGCACCCCACCCUGCUCACCGAGGCUCCCCUCAACCCCAAAGCCAACCGCGAGAAGAUGACCCAGAUCAUGUUCGAGACGUUCAAUGUCCCGGCCAUGUACGUGGCCAUCCAGGCCGUGCUGUCUCUCUACGCGUCCGGACGCACGACCGGUAUCGUGCUGGACUCUGGCGACGGAGUGACCCACAACGUGCCAAUCUACGAGGGCUACGCGUUGCCACACGCCAUCAUGCGCCUGGAUCUGGCCGGGCGCGACCUCACGGACUAUCUCAUGAAAAUCCUCACCGAGCGAGGGUACUCGUUUGUCACCACAGCCGAGCGGGAGAUCGUCCGAGACAUCAAGGAGAAGCUGUGCUACGUGGCGCUGGACUUUGAGAACGAGAUGACGAUGGCGGCCUCCUCGUCGUCGCUCGAGAAGAGCUACGAGCUGCCCGACGGGCAGGUCAUCACCAUCGGCAACGAGCGCUUCCGCUGUCCCGAGACGCUCUUCCAGCCGUCCUUCAUCGGGAUGGAGUCGGCAGGGAUCCACGAGACUACGUACAACUCCAUCAUGAAGUGCGACAUUGACAUCCGGAAGGAUCUGUACGCAAACAACGUGCUGUCCGGUGGCACCACCAUGUACCCGGGUAUCGCGGACCGCAUGCAGAAGGAGAUCACCGCCCUGGCGCCCACCACCAUGAAGAUCAAGAUCAUCGCCCCGCCGGAGAGAAAGUACUCGGUGUGGAUCGGCGGUUCAAUCCUGGCGUCGCUCUCCACCUUCCAGCAGAUGUGGAUCAGCAAACCCGAGUACGAUGAAGCUGGGCCCUCCAUCGUCCACCGCAAGUGCUUCUAGCCCAGCGGCGCGCGGCCCCCGCUCGCGACAGCAGCCGAUAUUUAACGGCGGCCGUUGAUGUGAACAGCCCGAAAGUGAAAUGACCGGCCGAUAAUUUCGCCAUAUGGAAAGAAAUACAACGUAUUGACGUGUUGAUACGUUUAGUGAAAUACAGGCAUUUCGGUUAAACCCAAAAAACUAAUAUUUUACGUACGAUUGAUCAGAUAUUGUCGAUUUAACGUUCAUGAAUACUCGCAUUUAAAAACUGAAAUUAGACAGUUGACGUUUCGCUUCUAUUUUGUUUAUGUUGUUACUGGUAAGGUGCACAGCAAGGCAAUACCACUCGUUUGCAUCCUUUGAAACCACCCACGAGCAGUGGGAGCGCUGAGCAGGGCUCCUCUGGCCGUGGGACUCGGUGAGCUCCCUAUAAACAGGCCGAUGCACACAUUGCGUCCUUGAAUGGGAUUUUUUUUUAAAAAGACAAUCCACAGUAGCGGUGCGAGUGUGGCCAUGCGAACACAAAACUAUGGGCAGCAUAGUAAACCCACUGGAGUUUGCGCUCCUUCAACGGAGGAGGAGGAACAGCCAAAUCAUUCACUCUCUCUCCCGAAGCCCUCUAGUGGCCAGCAGAGCUCGGCAUUAGCACUUAGCUCCUGAACAUAUUUUCCAUCAUGCACAAGAAUAGAGCAGUGAGCUUCCUCCAGCCGUCUCUAGUUGUGCUCUCUAGCUAUGUAAGCAAGUCGGUGAUUUAACGCCUCUAACAUGACUAUUGAUGCCAUCCAAUGGGUGCGAGAAAAUCGAAUGCAAUUUUGCAAUGCAUUUGUCAUCCGCAACUGGGCUAAGACUGUCAAGCCGUAGUGUAUUCUGCACGCGAUAAAACCGAUGACUUGAACGCGGGCUGCCAGCCUCUCGGCUCGUGCACAGAAGGUGAUCAGUUUGAGCUUUAGGCAUCACGACAGUGGAGUAAGUAGCGUUACGCUAAGAGGAAGGAGAAUCGAGUGGGAAAAUAGAUGGUUGAGCAGGAUUACCAAGAUUAUGAUUCAUAAUUAAUUCAUUUUGGGUGAGAUCGUGUAGGUAGGGUGCCAAUUUUCAACGAAACCCUCCCACCGCCCGACAGCGCCGAUCAACAAUGGCAAUCGAAAUUGAUACGAUGCCUACAACGACGCAACCCAAAAUAAACGCACGAGCGAAUCCUAAUGUUUGGCCGUGGGAACCUGCACCGUGAAAACAAUUCCACCCGGGCCAUCGUCUUACAAUCUCGCAGCGGCGUCUCGUGUCACACCCCGCAAAGACGAAGAACGUGACGAGCCAGGCGAGGUCGUGUGCCAAGUGGCGUCACCGAGCAGAGCAAUGUGGCCACCGUCCCUUUGUUGGUGCGCCGCUGCGGCCAUGAGUAUUCCUUGUUUGCACACGGGGUGGAAGGGACGUUGAAACGCCGCUGAAACGUCGCUCGCCUUAAGUUGUCCUCCAGCAUGCUGUGGCACGACGGCAUUGGAGGAGGAGGAGGCAGCCGCGUUGCGCGCGAUCGAACGACGGCCAAGCGCUGCGGUGAAUUGCGCUCGAGGAAACCGAUUGGGGAAGGCAGCGUUCAUCUCCACUCGUUGAGUACCCCCCCUCCCCCACCCCCCAUUGACGAGGGAACCGUAUAUAAGGAGAGGUCCUCACGGGGUCGUGUGGAUGAUAGCCCCUGAAGCUGGUAGAGCAGGUGGCUGAGUAGGGGCGGAGCGAGCGGCUCAGAAUUGGAAGUCACGAGUUCGAAUCGUCAUUGGAGGUCGACUCAACCGAUUAUCCCGCCAGGAUACAUACAGGAAGGCUCGGCUAUUCCAUAGGAAUGUGGAAUUUCCACCCCGCUGGCUGCUCAGGGCUGUGAACUGGAGAUGAGCCACCGAUGCUAUCGAAUACUCAUUCGAGCGGGGAAUCACUUUUGAUCUUGAUAUGAAGCUUUCGUGACUGCAGGAAUCCAUACUCUCUCCCACUUCAGCAAAUCCUUGCCUUGCUGUGGUUUUCCCACCUGAGGAUGAUUGCUUGUGUUGCAAUCGAAACGUCGUGAUUCAUUUUAUUUUAUACCGACGUGACUUUACCAAAAGAACCACUUUUGCUCUAUUCACCGCUCUCAAGCGGGGAAAUCCGUGUGUAAAUCGACGCGUCGCCUCCGCCCAGUGGUGACAGUGACAACGACGUCUGCCCUAGGUUGUACAGCUGUAAGAGAGCUGGGGGGGGGGGGGGGGCUUGCAGUUUCAUGUUCCGCUGGACUUUUUGCAAUGCCGAGGAGUGGUGUGUGCUGCUGCACGGUGCUGACGGUGCGCACAGCCAGGACGGAUUCCCUGGGACGCCACCGAUUCUGGGGCAGGGAGUCACUUAACGCCACGGUAGCCAGGAGAUGUUAACAACCUCGCCUGGUGUAAGGAGGAUUUUUGUCCGGGCCCUCGGGGUUUUCCCUCCACGUUUAGAAACACGAGUUGAGAGUAUUUGGCUACGAUAAAUGUCCACACGAUCAGCCACCACUUCGUUGAGCUGUCAUUUGUGAUAGCCAGGUCGCUUCUGAAGAGAGCUGUGUAGCUCAGCGGGCCUUACCUGGUAAAAUAAUAAAAUAACGAGUUUUAUAGUUUGGUUUUCACUGUGAGGCCAUCCAAGCGUCGGAGUAAGCCGUCUUCCAUGGACCCGUGUGCACGUCCUUUCGUCUGAAACUAGAACACCACGAGGCCACCGCUGAAAACAGUCCCGUGCCUCCAUCAUUUACACGCGGCGCAGCUACUGAUUGAAUUUCGUAUUUCUAUUUCUUUUAGGGAGAGAUUUUGGCAAACGUCACGUUCGGCAUUUAACGCGUUGAUUUCUUUCCAUAUUGACCAUGAAAGCGAGAUUUAAAUGCCCAUUUUGUUUACCAUAUGUCAUUUCCUAUACCUAUACCGUAUUUGUUUUGCCCAUGUACACUUGCACGCUUCUAGGAUGUAGGGGUUUUAUCCGCAAAUCUUGCAAUAUGCUUCUGAUCAUUCCUGCACAGUGUCUGGAAAUUGUCCCGGAUUUUUAAUUCGCGUAACGCUGUUGAAACAAAGUUCCUUCGGGCAGUGACGUUGCAGCUGUGGGUCUGUGUUUCCCUCCCACCGGGGCAUGCCGUCUUAUCCGCGACUUGCAAACGUCUCCAAUGCAAGCGAUGAGGUGCCGCGAUUUGUACCGUGACAUUACAGGUCCGGUAGGGAAAACAAAUGUUCACCGUUCUUUAGAAGCACUUCGUGACACACACAAAUACAAAGAUCUCCCCGCUAUGGCCUUCACAGACUGUAGGAGCAAGUGCUGUUAGCGAUCAGCACCUGUGGAGGCCGGCACUGUGGCACACGAGGGGGUGGGUGGCCAGCAACCACGCCCGGCCGCCUUCGUCUCCCCAGUGGCGAUGUUUUUACACGCCGCGUCAGGUACAACGUUUGAGGCUCAGCCGACCUAGGGGAGGCCCACGACAGGUUCAGAUGAAUCGCCACCGGUGUUGGUGACCGUGAGCGGGAAUCGAACCCGGGUCGCCGGGGUUCGUAGCGCAGCGUAGCGCUGACCGCUACACUGACAGCAGGCCGCACACCAAAUGUCAGAUGAGUUGUCAAUGUUACUCACACACCAGUCUCCGCGUUCCUGACUACGGCACUUCAGCCUUUCCAUGUUGACAAUCUACCGUGUGUGUGUGUGUAUUAUCUUGUUUACAUUAAAAUGAAUAACACUUGUAAACAUGUAAAGCUGGACAUUCCGGGAACUCCAAAACACCGGAGUUUCAGAAACCCGUGGCUAAUCUGUAAGGGAUGGGCAUUUAGUCUGCGUGAGUUUGCGAUGGGAACUGCACGCUCAUCCGUAGUCGAAUCAACAUUUGCCCAAGAGCAUUUGACUCGCGAAUCAUGUCACCACGAGAGGCAAUUAAAUCUAUGAUUAUUCCCAGUAGCCGCGAUCUCCGAGGUGUCCCAGAUGAAGAUGGGUGGAAAGAAUAAAACUUCAUUUUGGCUACAA